AUGAACACCUCUAAGCAUAGAGUCAUGAGCGGUGCUGCUGAUAUUCGUCAACCCAGGACAUAUAUGAUCGUGACGAGUCUCGUCUUUGGGGGCCACGGCACUGCGAGCCCGGCCAACAUUGACCCGAAGGCGAAGGGGAUGGGUCUGCCCUGCUUCUCGUGGUGUCACAAAUCAGUGUCUCGCUCACCCCAGCCGUGGCCGGUUUGCCGCAUUGACUGCUCCCGGCAAUCGCCUGCGCUUCGCCAGAGGCCACACAACAGGCCGCGACCCCGGAUCUCCGUUGGCCCUCGUCAAUAG